AACAGUUUGUCACUGAAAGCCCCCGCGAGUGUGUCUCUUCGCCGUGAAAAUUUUCAUUUUACUCAUUUCUUCAAUUUUUUAGUUCCUUCUUCAUGGGAAAUGUGAAUUAAAUAUCCUUGUUUUGCAACGAUUUACCCGCAACGUGCGUGAAGGCUGUGAAGAGUGAAAGUGAAAAAUAUGUAUUGAGAGAAAAGUUGUGCCACAAAGUGCGUUGAUAAGGAAUAAAAAAUUCUUCUGUGCUUAAAUUUACCUUCAUAUCGUGGAAGAUUGUGCCUUUUUUGUUCGUGAUUUAUUGUUGAGCUGUAUUCUUGGACAAAUAGCACAACGAAAAUAGAGCUAAUUAUCUCACCAAGAAAGAUUCCAAGGAAGUCUUUUGAUCUCACAAGGAAGGACAGACGACGCACACAAUGAGGAUUCUUUUGAGAAUUCUUCUUCUUGCAUUUUUCUCUGCAUUUUGCGUGCAUGGGGCUACAAUUGAGGAUGAUGAGGCCCCCUUUGAGCCAGGAAAAGAAAUCUGCACACGGUGCAAUUGUGCUCUGCAUGAGACAAAGCCCAAUUACAAUCAUUUCCUCAUUGAUUGCUCUGCAAAGGAUAUGCACAAUGUCCCAACAGAAUGGCCAUCAAUUGAUGGAUCUCCAGAUAUAAUCAUUGUAGCAUCAUUCUCAGGAAAUGAGAUUAAUACCCUCCAUAGAUUGCCACAGGCUGACUACUCAAUGCACUUCAGUUGUCGCCACUGCGAGCUGAAGGUGAUUGAAGUGGACGCCUUCCUGGAUGUGCCAAAGAUUCUCCGAUUGGAUCUCAGUUGGAAUCAUCUCACAGGGGAGACACUGCGGUCGGAUACAUUCAGAGGGAGAUUCAGUACAAAGAGCUACGAGCCUAUAGCUCUAGAGGAGCUGAAUUUGAGCCAUAAUCAAAUUCGGUCGCUGGAGAGGAAGAUUUUCGAACACCUGCCGCGACUGAAGACACUUUCAUUGGCACACAAUCCCGUCAAAGAGUUCGAUCCAAUGACCACAGCGGCCCUGUGUUCGUUGCCAAAAAUUGAGCAUUUGGACCUCUCCUACAUGAGUCUUUCCGCAAUCCCCGAUGAGAUUUUCCAGCAGAAGCCCAAACUUCGGGAAUUGCUGUUGCAGGGAAAUGAUUUUCAUGCCGUUCCUGAGAGUUUGUCCCAAGUUGGGAAAUCCCUUAAAUCCCUCUACAUUGGUGUGAAUCCCAUUGAGGAGCUGACAGAGCAGAGCUUCCUGGGAUUGACCAAUUUAGUGCACCUCAAUGUCAGCUUCAUGCCAAAUCUUGUGGAAGUUCGGGAGCAUACUUUUUCGGAGCUGAAACAUCUUGAAAUGCUCAUGUGCAGCGAUAAUCCGCAGAUGACGAAAUUCGACGUGGAAAGUCUGAGAUCUCUUAAAUCUCUCAGGGAGCUGCAUCUCUCAAAUUGUUCACUAAAAACUCUCAAUAUUGAGGUAAAAGGGAAGGAUGAGCAGCAGGAUGAUUUUCCAAAGCUACGACUCUUGAAGCUGGAGAGCAAUCCCUGGCACUGUGACUGUGGGCUAUUAUCGGCUCUCCAGGAGCUCGAACAUCACGGCAGAAAGGGAUUCUACAGCGAUGACCGAGCAAGGUGUGCAACGCCGUACGAUUUAUCAGGCACACUCUUACCAGACCUCUUCAAGGAGCCCCUGUGCUCGAUGGAAAUCCGGAAAACCCCCCGAAUUCCCAUCUAUGAGCCAGCAUCAUUCUUGAGGCCCAAAUCCAUACUCCUAUCUAUUUUCUCAGUGAUUGCUGUGGUUGCAAUCGGCUUAGCCGUAGGUUGUACCAUCGUGUGCAUCAAGAAGAAGCUGAAGCAGAGUGAUUUUGGCUUCACAACUCCUGUUCGCUACACCACAGUCCGGGAGAGUUUCAGUACAACCACAUCAGUUGCGUAGAAAUUUAAUUUUAGAAUCUUUUUUAGGAAGAAACAGCAAUAAUUUCAAUAUUAUAAGUUUCCAUUUAAAUACAUUUUUUUCGCUCAUUUGCAAAAUAUAUCCAGCUAGUCAAUAGGAGUUUUUUAAACGUAUACUUUAAGUGAAUUUUAAAAUAUGUUGUAAAUGAGAAAUUGUAAAAGAAAAUGUACCAAAAAGACUUUGACUAAA